GUUGCAUGCUGUGUUGUCAGUCUGUGCUUGCCUGCAUGCACAUCAGAUAGCCGCGUCGUGGUGCGCUCUAAUACUUGCAAUUGCUAGCCACUUGUUCCUGCGUUCGCAUUGUUCGUAACUUGCACAGCUCUGCUGCAGUCACACUGCAACAGCGGCGCGUGAUGCGACUAGUGCUCGGCUGCGUCGCGCUCGCCGCGGCGCUGGCGCCCACGCGACCAAACUGUCGACGGCGGCGACCCGUCAUGGCGACCGACGACGACACAGCAAUAGAAGACAACGCGCCGAUGACCGAAGCCGAGGCCAUCAAGCACUUCGCGACGAUGCAGCAGGCCGCCGACGACCGGGCCUUCUUCACGGACGGCGAGCUCGCCAGCGUCACGACGGCGCUGGAACGACUCGGCUUGGACCACGACCGGUCCGCGGGCCUCAAGGAGGUCCUAGGAAGAAGCGCCCACCUCGACUACAAGCGAUGGCACAUGACGCGCGCCACAGCCACAUCUUUAGCGAACGAGCUCCCUCCCGUAAGUGAUAUCGAGUUCGCCAACGCGUUCAAGCGGGUGCUGGAGGGCGGCAACUGGGCCCCGGCCUCCAUCUACGCCGCCGCGAAGCAGUCGAAGAACGACCGCGACCGGCCCUGGGUCGUUUUAGUGACGGGUCUGAACGGUGUGCGAAAAACGACCGCGAUUUACGAGCCCUGGUUCGAAGCAGCUCUGGCCGAGGCCAUCGUGGGGCCGGAUGGUUCUAGAGGAGCGCCGAAGCGCGUCCAGCUGCCCACCGGUUCGAACUCGUUCUUCCGACAGCUCGACUUUGUCGUGGCGACCGUGGCGCUCACGCAAUUUGAGAAGCUCUACGCCAUCAAGGAUGUCAGUGAGUACGCCAAGGCCAAGGCGGCCAUCUUCGCGAGAUAUCGGACGACGUCGGAGAUGGUCGGCGCGUUACUGGUCGAAGAAGCAUCUAGAAUAAACGCGAACGUGUUGGUCGAGACGUCGGGCCGGGAUGUAGGGAUGUUUUCGUACAUCGAUCAUUUCUUUGACGACGAUUCCUACCGCAAGCUGGCUUUAAACUUCGAGAUCGAUGAUAUAGCGUUCGCGGAGGCGUCGGUCGACCGGCGCAUGGCGGGCGAGAUGGAAAGGGGACGGGAAGCGGUGGAAUCGGGCGACGCCGGGCGCGUCGUGGACGCGAACCAGGGCGGGCCCUAUGGCUCUGCGGUGCUCGCGGGCGUCCAGGCCGCGUCUAGGGAGACGUGGCGGCGUAUUUUGGACGACGAGGCCGACGGCGUCGGCGCGUCGUGGUACAAGGCCGCCUUCCGCAUCACGCCGCGCGCCGACGAGCCCUGGACGCUCGCCGCCGACUGCGAUGACGCGACGGCCUUCGAGUUCACGCCGCUGCGGCGGCGCGCGGACCCCGAGGGGCGGAAUUUCUAAAGUAGG